AUGGCGAGUAAUCGACGUCGUGUUGUCUUACACUUUGAUCUAAAUCGUACGAUCCUUAUGUCAGAUGCUGCGGGUGGUCGUACGAUGGAGGAUACAGUCAAUUAUCUUUUAUCCGAGUGUACGUGGGGGUACAUCAAUCCCAAGUGUCCGUCCGAGUGGAUCUGCGUCUCAACUGCUGCUUCAAUUGACCCGCCCAAGAUAACAUCUCGUGUACCCCAUCUUGUAACCUAUAAACAAUUUGUUGAUGAUGCUUAUCCGUACGAAACUGUACGGACAGCCACAACUUGUACCCUCGACCAAAUCAAGACUACAAACAAGGUUAUCAAGUCACAACGUACUGCGUUACAAUCGGCUUUCAUUGGUGGAAAAGAUACCCCAGGGUAUCCUGUGCAACAUUCCUUUACAGAGGUCAUGCAACAUCUUUAUUUUCCACAUGAGAAACAACAAAAUCUGGCAAAACAGCUGGCAGCAAAUAUGCCAUUAUCGAGUUUGCAACAAGCAUGGAGUGAAGGUCGAUUUUAUUUAUUGCCAUCCUUCCUACACUUUCUGUCAUAUUUAAAUUCGCCUCAUGUGACCAAGUUGGAAAUUGAUGUGAAACUUGUGUUUCGAACGUUUGGUAAGGAUCUGAAAGACGUUGCUCAAGAACUUGAGCUUUUAAUUGCAGGACAACACCCAAUGAUGUGUCCAGCAUUACCAGAUCGAUUUCGUCUUGAUGUGACACGUUUAUCUCAUUCUAUCGGUGCUUUUUAUCGUCAUAGUUUUGAUGCCAAUGGAACGACAUUAGCUGUUGGUACAUUAACGAAACAACCAUUUUUGUCGAAAGAUUCCAACACGACGUUGGUGUUUGACACUGAUAUCAAUGAUAAUGUUAAGAUCGUACGUGGUUUUCAAUCAAUUCAAGAAACCUUAGAGAAAAUGAUGCAAGAAUCGAAUGUACUUGCACUUCGUGAUGAUUAUGAAUGGUGGAGUACUCAUGCUGAAGAUGCACAAUAUGGAAAACUUUUGUUAGUGAAUGAAAAAGAACCUCGUGAUAUUGUGGUGUUUUUUGAUGAUCAUAUUGAAGCACAUGACGCACAUAUUGUCGAUGUACGUGAUCUUGAAUCAGGUGAACCGGUGGAUUUUGUCAAAAGUCGUGGGAAAUAUUUACAGCGAGUGGAACCUUUAGCAGCAAUUUUGGAUCCAAAUUAUUUCAUUACAUUGUUUGAAAAACACAAUUUGAGAAUGGAUAGUCGAAGUGCGAAACGCAAACGUACGGACACGUCGCGAGUCAUAACAUCGGAACGUACGCUCGAGGAUGUUGAGCUUGAACUUCUUCAUGCACUUGAAGAGGAGAUUAAAAAAGAAGAGAAGACGAAGAACUCGAACAAGAUCCAAUCUUUCCCUCUCGAAGAUGAAAAUUAUGACGAAUCAGAUGAUGAAUAG